UGCGCCGCCGCCGCGGCCUCGGCCCCGCCCGCAGCCGCCCGGUCCCCAGCCCCAUCCGCCGCUGCUGCUGCUAGUUCAGUUCGUUCAAUCAGGGGGCAUUUCGGUCAGCUACUCAGCUGGGUAGGUCAAAUGGCAUUUUGACAAGCUAAAUUGGUUUGAGAGUGGCGUACCGGCGAAGUCACAUUUUGAGGACGCCACAAUAGCAAUUUUCUCAGCUCCAGAAAAUUCUCGAAGACCAGUUCGUUGGAAUCCCUCGCGAAUUCGAGCGUGAGACUUGUGUGGCCGCGGUUUCGCGUGAUUUUGUGAUCUGCACACCUCACCGCGGUUCCGUGGUCGGGGCGGGCGCCAUGGCCGUAGAGCCGGCCCGACGGCGCAGCGCCGCGGCGCGGAGGAAGGCGAAGGCAAAGGAGGCGGCGGUGGGGGCCAUGGCGAGGGUGCUGUUCUACCCGACGUUGCUGUACAACGUGGUGCGGAGCAAGGUCCAGGCCGAGUUCCGGUGGUGGGACGAGGUCGAUCAGUUCAUUUUGCUUGGCGCUGUUCCAUUCCGUAAGGAUGUUCCCCGGUUGCAGAAACUUGGGGUGUAUGGUGUCAUAACCCUGAAUGAACCAUUUGAGACUUUGGUACCAUCAUCAAUGUAUCAGUCUCGUGGGAUUGAUCACCUUGUUAUUCCUACAAGAGAUUAUCUGUUUGCUCCUUCACUUGUGGAUAUUAAUCGAGCUGUUGAUUUCAUUCAUAGAAAUGCAUCUUGUGGGAGGAUGACAUAUAUCCAUUGCAAAGCUGGAAGAGGGAGGAGUACAACUAUUGUCUUAUGCUAUCUGGUGAAAUACAAGAAUAUGACACCAUCUACAGCUUUUGAGCAUGUGCAGUCUAAAAGGGCUCGAGUAUUGCUGACUCGUUCUCAAUGGAAGGUAGUUCAAGAUUUCAGUAUGAAUAAUGCAGAAGCAGAAAUUCCCGUUGUCACGAGCCACUCCUCCGCAGCAUCUCCAGCGGGGGAUGUGGUAUUGGUAACAGAGGCAGAUUUGGAGGACUCUGGUGUAACAGCAGCUAAUAUUACAGAGCAUGCCAGCUUGUCUUCUCAUAAGGCUACCACAUCGAAACCAAUUGCAGAUACGCUCUCAUGUUUGUUUCCUUCUCUGAAGGUAUCUGGUGAAUCCUCGUGCAGAUAAGCUACCUUAAAAUUGGUUUAGCGCAAAUGCGUGUCAAAGUUGGAAGGAAUGCAGUUGCGUUGCCAUAUUUUUCUCAAUGCAUAAAGCUGUCCAUAUUCAUCCUAUUUGUCAUAUAUGUAUGUACAUGUUCUCAAUUCAAAAUUCAAGACAAGAUUGUUUGUCC